AUGACCAAUUUGAAGUGGAUAGUUGCCAUGGCUGGCCUCUUGUCAGCACAGGUCCUGGCGGCCCCAACCGCCACACUUGCCAAGCGCGCAUCCGUCAACGAUGCUGCCUUUGGCUAUGCUAGCUUGAAUGGCGGCACGACUGGCGGAUCUGGCGGUACCACCACCACCGUCUCAUCCUACGCGGCCUUCACCUCCGCCGUUUCGGGCGAUGAUGCCAAGGUGGUCUACAUCGACGGCACUAUCAAGGAGGCUGCGGACCAGGUGAAGGUCGGAAGCAAUACCUCUAUCAUUGGCAAGGACUCUACCGCCAUCCUCGAGGGAUUCGGACUUCUCGUCAAGGAAAAAGAGAAUGUGAUUAUCCGCAACGUCGGAGUGAGCAAGGUCCUAGCUGACAAUGGCGAUGCCAUUGGCGUGCAAUACUCCACCAACGUCUGGAUCGACCACUGCGACGUCUCGUCCGACAGAGAUCACGACAAGGACUACUACGAUGGCUUGAUCGAUAUCACCCACGGCUCCGACUACGUCACCGUCUCGAACACCUUCAUCCACGACCACUGGAAAGCCUCUCUGAUCGGGCACUCCGACAGCAACGGCGACGAAGACACCGGCCACCUGACCGUGACCUACGCGAACAACUACUGGCAGAACAUCAACUCGCGUGGUCCGUCCUUCCGCUUCGGUACCGGCCACAUGUACAACAGCUACUACCUGGACGUCAGCGACGGGAUCAACGCGCGUGAUGGCGCGCAGCUCCUCGUCGAGUCGAACCAAUUUGUCGACUCCAAGAAGCCGCUCUACUCCACCGAUGACGGAUACGCUGUGUCUAACGAUAAUGACUUCGGGGACGCCGAGAACAAUGCCGAAGAGGGGAGUCUGACUUCCGUUCCUUACGAAUACACACUCCUUGGAUCGGACAAGGUCGAAGCUGCUGUCGUUGGCACGGCCGGGCAGACUCUUACCUUCUAGACAUUGUCAUAUUUCUUUUAAGAGAUGAUCGACAGGAGAGGGAUUAAAGAGGAUCGCUUUGCUUUUCUCUCCUUUUCAAUCCCGCCUGUCUGUAUUUAUUGUUGAU